ACUUGAAUUACUAUUUACUAGCAAAGCAAAAGAAAUGUCGGCAUGUCGCUAAACUCGCGUACUGGAAGUCUGGAACUGGCUAGUGGAUAGUGGCUACUUCGGUUUCCGAAGUCUGAACUUUGAAGUCUAAUUGUCUGGUUUUGGUGACUUAAGUAUACCUCAAUACUUGUAACUUUUCUGUGCCGGCGACUAACAACUUCAACUGUAUCACUGAAAAACUUAAUAUUUUAGCUACCCGGUCCAAUCCUGAAUUUAUAAACUGUCUUAUAAUUAUUUGGAAAUAUGGCGCUUCCAUCUACAUACAAACAGAUAGCUAUAAAUCAACAGUCUCCUGCUCGUGCUCCAGUCACAUUCAACAUUUUGAAAGCGACUAAAACGGGAUCCUAUCAAAAUGAACGUUUAAGACCUGGUGGAAGUUCCAACCAAUUAUCUGGAUCUAAGGAUCAAAAUCAAAGUCCAUUCAUACCGAAUAGCCAUGGAAAUCCAGCAUUUCAUCCACAAAAAAUAUCAAAAGCUGCUGCUGAUGCUCGUGGUAUUAAACCUCCCAAACCACCAGAAAAACCUCUUAUGCCAUACAUGCGAUACAGUCGCAAAGUUUGGGAUCAGGUCAAGGCAGGUAAUCCUGAUUUGAAGUUAUGGGAAAUUGGUAAAAUUAUUGGACAAAUGUGGAGGGAUCUUCCUGAUGAUAACAAACAAGAAUACAUUGAUGAUUAUGAAUCAGAAAAGUUAACCUAUGAAAAAGCUAUGAAGUUAUAUCAUACCUCACCAGCAUAUUUAGCCUAUUUACAAGCAAAGAAUAAAGGUAAAUUAAAUCAAGUAGAAGAUAGAGAACCACAUGAAAGAUCAACAGGAGGUGGUAAACAAGCUGCUGCAGAUCGAAGAAUUGAAAUACAACCAGCAGAAGAUGAAGAAGAUCAAGAUGAUGGAUUCAGUGUUAAGCAUGUAGCUUAUGCAAGAUAUAUAAGAAAUCAUAGAUUGAUUAAUGAAAUAUUUUCUGAUAGUGUAGUCCCCGAUGUACGUUCAGUGGUCACUACUGCCCGUAUGCAAGUUCUAAAGAGACAAGUUCAAAGUUUAACUAUGCAUCAGAAAAAAUUGGAAGCAGAAUUACAACAAAUUGAAGAAAAAUUUGAUACUAAAAAAAGAAAAUUUAUUGAAUGUAGUGACACAUUCCAACAAGAACUAAAAAAACACUGUGUUCAAGCAGUAUCAGAGGAAGCAUUUCAAAAAAUGGUUGAACGCCAGGUUGAGAUAUUACAAAAAGAACGAACUAAAACUGUGGGCACGCCAGGACCCUCUGAAGAAUUUUCCAAAGCACAUUGUGAACAGCAAUUAGAACAAAAUGGAGCUGUACCAUCAGUUGAGGAAGAUACUUCAUCAUGUGUGGUUCCUUCUAGUACCACUGAUGAUAAUUCAAAUAUGGAAGUUGAGUCUGGUAUAACUUCUGACAGUUCAUCAAAAUCUGAACAACUUGUAUCAGAAACUAGAGAAAAUGGGGAAAUUACAACUUCUCCACCACAACCCUCACAUCAACCUCAAUUAUUGAAAGAACAGCAGCCAACACAAAUUCAAUCACAACAGCAUUUACAAUUCCAAGCACAACAUUCUCCUCAAUUCCAAGCACAAUCACAAUUUCAACAGCAAUUACCACAGACACAACCUCUGCAGCCUCAGCCUUCUCAACAAUCGCUACAGCCUCCUCAACAACAACUUUUACAGCCACAGCCUUCAUUACAACAAUUGCCACAACCUCAGCCUUCAUUACAGCAAUUGCCACAAGCUCAGCCUUCAUUACAGCAAUUGCCACAAGCACAGCCUUCAUUACAGCAAUUGCCACAAACACAGCCUUCAAUACAGCAAUUGUCACAAGCACAGCCUUCGUUACAUCAAUUGCCACAGACACAGCCUGAUAUACAGCAACUAUUGCAGCCACAGAAUUCAUUUCAGCAACUAACACAGCAACAACCACCAGAACAAAUCGCUCCACAACCACAGCCUCAACAACAACACUCUCCUCAACUACAGUUGCAGUCACUGAAUCAUCAACAACAACCUUUGCAGUCAAAUGUGUUACAGCCACAAACUCCACAGCAACAGUCUUUACAGCCACAAACUCCACAACAACAGUCUUUACAGCCACAAACUCCACAACAACAGCCUUUACAGCCUAAUCUUCCUCAACAACAGUCUUUGCCACCAAACUCCCCUCAACAACAACAUUUGCAGCCAAGCUCUCCUCAACAACAACCUUUGCAGCCACAUCCUCCUCAACAACAGCCUUUACAACCAAAUCCUCCUCAACAACAGCCUUUACAGCCCAGCCCUCCUCAACAACAGCCCUUACAGCCCAACCCUCCUCAACAACAACCUUUACAGUCGCAUGUUCCACAGCAACAGCUUUUACAACCACAUCCUCCCCAACAACAGCCUCUACAACCACAUCACAAAUACAAUCCCCGCAGAUACAACAAUUGCAGUCUCCACUUCCUCAACAAUUACAAACCCAACAGACACAAGUGCAAAUAUCACCACCGCCUCAAUCGCAACCAACACAAUCGCAAUUGCAACCACCACAAUCUCAACCACAGCCCCCUCCAGUCAUGGUGCCGCUACCUCCUUCUAUUCCACCAGUAUUGGGAUCAGAUUCGCCUUCAAAUGUUGUUUCAUCAACUACAGAAUCACCACCGAAAUUACCAGAAACUAAAGCUUAUUCUGCUCCUUCAACUCAACCAUACCCACCAUUAUCACAGUCUUACACUCAAGGACCUUCAUUUCAACUGUCACAGAACUCUCAAGUUAAUGUACCAAAUGUGUAUCCACCAAAUCAAGCUCCAUCUAAUGCUGCUCCUCCGCAACAUCAACAUUCAGGUAUGAUGCAGCCUCCUCAAAUUCCCCCUCCAUCAUCUCAAGGAACACCGUCACCAACUCCAUCAACUGGAUUUCCUCCAUAUCCACAACAGCAACCUUAUACAUCUCAAGCAAUGCCACCCAGGCCUUAUACUUACCCUCCACAACCGUAUCCUCAGUAUACACCCCAUCCAUAUUAUCAUCAAGCUCCUUAUCAACAGUAUCCGCCACCACCUCCACGCGUGGCAUAUCCUCAACAAAUAGGUACUGUUAAUCAAGAUACAAAUCAACCACCGCUUGAAAAUAUAUAUAACGCACCUUCAAUUUCUGGACCAUCUGAAACAUCUAAUGAUGAAAAUAAGCAAUUAAUUGAUGAAGUGAAAUCUACUGAACCAAACACAGCUCAUGAGAAACCGGUUGAACCAGAAGAAACAGUACCUCAACCAUCUUCAGCAAAACUCGAUGAAGUUUCACAAUAAUAUAUUUAUAAGUACUAAAUAAUUUAAAAACAUUUUUUGUUAUCUACUUUGUACUAAGUUUGAAAAAAAUAGCAUUGAUAUUGUAUCAUAACUUUUAUUGAAAGUAUUUUCAUUUUAUAAUUAUUAAGUCAGUUUAACAAAAAAAAUUUUAUUAUAAUUAAAAUAUAAUAUUAUGGGUAAUGGUUUUAAUACGCUAAAUUGUUUUCUUUUUCUUUUUAAACUUAUUAGCUGUAUGAAGUCUGUGUUAAAUUUGUAACAUAUUUUUAAUAACCCCAAUUCAUUUGUAAUUUCAUAUAAUGUUAUUAAAAAUAUAUAUGACGUA